CAGACGAAAUCGAUUGCGGAGAGAGAGGAGUGCAUGGCUUGAGGGAGAGUGGGGAGCGGGCCACAGAGCGAGACUGAGAGGGCCCACGGAUGGUGCCCUUCUAGGGCCCCCCCUACGAACCGAUGUCCCUGUCAGCCAGUCCGGCCCCACCACUUGCGGGCAUGGGCCCGUUGGUGGCCGGUGCAGGCCCACCUUCCGCGUCAGACUCUCUGCUCCUCCAACUACGCAACAAACCACAUGCACGAGUAUUUCGUGCUCUAUUUCAAUAUCUACCUCUACGCGAUUCGCCCAAUGAGAAUCCUCAACUCGAAUUGGCCCUAGCACCCGGUGACGUACUGCUCGUCAAGGGCGAAAUGGAUUCGGACGGGUUCUACCGAGCCGAAACCCUCGACGGUCGCACCGGUCUCGUGCCGUCCAACUACGUUGAAAGGGUCCCCGAUUCCGUAUUGCUCUGCAAUGCUAGGGCCCCAUCACCGUCGUUUCCCCUUCACGUUCCCCAACAUCACACGUCCAUACAGCACGACUUUUCCGAACCCGAUCACAGCCAGUUCCCUGAUUCCGUUUGUCCCUAUCCACCUGCAGACGUUUCUAAAGUCACUGUACAGGAGAUUAAAUCGAAUGAUAGCCCUAGGGUGCCCUGUCCUCGAGAUCUAGUUGUCGAGAAGAAGAUGUCUCGGUCGGUUGUGGUAGCCUGGUCACCACCAGAGGAGUCGUUCGUCGCUGUAUCGCAAUACCAUGUUUGUGUAGAUGGGCAAGUUCGAGCUGUCGUACCUGGUUCAUACAAGUGCCGUGCUUUGGUGGAAGACGUUGCGCUGGACGGUUCGGUAAAUCUUUCCGUUCGAGCGUUGUCCGAACAAGGCCAUAGUCCAGACGCGGCGUGUACCGUAACCCUCGGAAACGAAGCGGCCGUCGCCCCGCAGCAUCUUCGUGUGUGGGCCGUCACCCCGGUAUCGGCAUGCGUUCGAUGGUACCCGUCAAACAGCAAUGCGGACCACGUCGUUUCGCUGAAUGCCGUCAAGGUUGGAGUCUGCCCGCCGACCGUGUUCCAGGUUCAACUACAAGGCCUACAACCGUCGACAAUCUAUCGUGUGUCGGUUCGAACGAAGCAUCCAAAAGCCGUGCUCGAGCAACGACCAGUCGAGCGUUGUUUGGACUUCAAAACGCUGCCAAAAAUUGGUUUGCCUGAUCCACCGACGAACGUGCAAGCCGAGAACGGACCGCAAGCCGGUACGCUUCUCGUUUCGUGGACACCAAUUACGAAUCAACCAAAGCCACCGUCUCGUGCCGCGGUUCAUUCGUAUUUGAUUUACGCCGACGGCAAGAACAUCGCGCAGGUCCCCUCGGCAACAGCUGACCACGUACUUCUGCGGCUAGCGGAUCUUUCGGACGACCCACCGAUUUUCAUCACCGUUCGUACGCGAACGCGAGAAGGAGCCGUUUCUUGCGAUUCGAACGUGGCUCGCGUACCUCGUGGUCCACCCUUCGGAGCCGGAGUCGUUUCCGACGGUUUACUCCAAACAGCUCCCCUACUAGAAAUGGCGCAGUCCUACCCGUCCGGUCACUAUGCAGCACCGUUAUCCGGGCCACAGACUGCAUCCUAUACUGCCCCAGCAAUGCUCACUUCCAUGCCCUUUCAAGCUAAUCCACUUUCUUCGUACACUGCCUCAGCCAUUCAGGGAUACAAUAGUUUAGUCGGUAAUGAGCGGUUAUCCACGGCAGCCGCCGCGGCAGCAGCUUUGGCCAGUCAGUCGGCCAUGGUUGGCCCGAUGUCAGGGCCCGGUCAGAUGCCCACCACCACGCUGCCGAUGGCCGCAUUAGGUGCCGGUACGUUGCCAGGCGGCAUGAACGCAUCUGCCGCUGGCACGCUACCCAUAUCCACGGCACUCGGCCCCACCUCCAUCGCCGGAGCGCUGCCCGCAUCUCAAGGGACACUUCCGAAGUGGAAGUCGCCACAAAUGAAGCAAUACUACACCUUCCAUCCUCGUCUGAUACGCGGCGACGGAACAUCCGCAGACGAACCGCGACCAUCUGUUCCUGAUAUGGAAAACAGCUAUCUCCUGCGACAUCGCCAAGCAGAAUGGCCAGGUCAAUCCGAAUGGGCAGGUCCUAUGGAUCCACGAAUGAGGAUGGAAGCUUACGCCAGACAAACCACCCGCUCAGGAAGUGCAGACGAUCGGCCCCCGGCUAGGCACAGAUUGGUUCCACCACGAUUAGCCAGGGUAAAAAGUGAAAGUGGUUUUGGUACGAGAAGUGAGCCUGAUCUUCGUCCUCCCACAUUGGAAGAUGAUUGUCGAUGGUUCGUUGCAUUAUUUGACUAUUCACACCAUAUGUCACCGAAUGCGAAUGCUGAAGCGGAUGAGCUAUCAUUUAGAAAACAUCAAUUAAUCAAGGUGUACGGAGAGGUCGAUCCUGAUGGCUUCUACCAUGGUCAAAUAGGCAACCGAGUAGGACUAGUCCCAUCCAAUAUGGUUAUCGAAAUUGCCAAGGAUGACUUGUUGCCGAGGAGAACACGGUCAGAAGCAGUGCCAGCCGAACCAGCAUUACGAAGAAUGCGAUGGGGCUCGUUGAAGUCGCGGAGCUACGACCACGCCGGAGACAGAAGAAUCCACGAUCGGCCACCUGUCUCUUCCCAUUUUGCUUCCCUUGACCGAAGGGAGCUGGAACGAAGGGAAAUGGAACGACGGGAAGCAUCCGCCACUAGAGUAGACCGAUACCGAAGGAACAAUGGACGAGAUUAUGAGUACAGAAGAGAUUAUGAUGACCGGUAUCGGGACUUAAGAGACAUCCGGGAUCCCCGUGAAAUGCGUGAGCCAAGGGACAUGCGUGAGCCAAGGGACAUGCGAGAACCGAGAGAUAUGCGAGAUCUGCGUGAGCCGAGGGAUAUGCGAGAACCUAGGGAUAUGCGCGAUAUGCGAGACCCGCGAGUUAUGCGAGACGACUAUCAUCGUGAUUACCGAGAAGAGGAAGACUACCGAGGGGAGAAGUACCGUGACCGGGGAUACGAACGAGAACGGGAACGGGACUAUGACCGUCGAGAUGAGCGACGAGAGGAUCGUCGCGAACGAGAUGAACGGCGAGAAGUGGAAAGGCGCGAUGAGCGAAGGGAGUAUGAACGACGUCAUGAAUACCCGCGAGACGAAAGAGAAGGCUAUCGACGAGAUCGUCGGGAAGAAGGCUACCGGGAAGAUCGUCAUUAUGACCCUUAUGCUGGACGAUAUGAUCCUAAUGUGGCAGGACCAUCCGGAAUGGCUCCUGGCCAGAUGGGUCAGAUGCAGCCGCAGCAGCCAAUGGUGCAAGGACAACCGAUGGCGCAAGGACCAUCCAUGGGACAAUUGACACAUCAAAUGAGUCAAAUGCAAAUGGUCCCGUCGGCGAUGCAACCGACGACUUCGCAAAUGCCGCAAGCUGUUCCUGCCCAGUACGCAGGAAUGCAACCCGGUGUGAUGCCUGAUACGGGUAUUAAUGGCGUGCCGACGAGGAAAAUGGUGGCCAAAUUCGACUACGAUUCUCGACAGCUUAGUCCGAAUGUCGAUGCUGAGCAGGUUGAAUUGUCCUUCCGACAAGGAGAUAUCAUCACGGUUUAUGGUGAGAUGGAUGAUGACGGCUUCUACAUGGGAGAACUCAACGGUCUUCGUGGUCUAGUACCAUCUAAUUUCUUGCAGUCCUCGCCGCUCACCACCCUUGCUCCUUCGCAACCGACUGAGCCGAUGCGGAAGGGUGUCGCUUUCUCGGAUGCCCAAGCCGUCGGAUCGAAGAAAACGAUGCCUCGCCAGAUGUCGCAAACGUCAUCGUCAACACCAGCGGCCACGAAGCCAGCGUCAAAGAAGUCUUCGGCAACGGCUCCUUCUAAGCCACUCGCGAAGAAGACAAGCGACGUCAGCAAGUCAUCUGCUCCAAAUGUCCGGAAGACGAGCACAGCGGUGAAAAAGAGUGACUCGUCCGCCAAGAAGAAAUAAUCACGUGCCAAUCAUGCUUUCAUCGUUCAAUAUGAGGGCAACUCAGCAUUCGUUAUAAAGUUUUAUUUUCCAAAUGAUCUCACUACAUUACUUCCUUCCUUCACUGCGCCAUGUAUGACUUUGUUCUCUAUGUACCGAAG